AUGGCGAGAAACGCAGAAAAAGCAAUGACUACAUUAGCCAGAUGGAGAGCAGCACAAUUAAAUGAAUCGGCUAAAGAGAGGAGACCUUAUCUAGCAUCGGAAUGCAAAGAUUUACCACAAGCUGAAAAAUGGAGAAUGCAAAUACUCAGAGAAGUAGCUAAAAAGGUAGCACAAAUUCAAAAUGCCGGAUUGGGUGAGUUUCGAAUAAGAGACUUGAAUGAUGAAAUCAAUAAAUUACUCAGAGAAAAAGGACAUUGGGAGAUACAGAUAAGAGCAUUAGGAGGUCCCGAUUAUGGAAGGAUAGGUCCCAGAAUGUUAGAUCACGAAGGAAAAGAAGUACCUGGAAAUAGAGGUUAUAAAUAUUUUGGAGCUGCCAAAGAUUUACCCGGAGUCAGAGAAUUAUUCGAACAAGAGCCACCGCCUCCUCCGAAAAAAACGAGAGCUGAAUUAAUGAAAGAUAUCGAUGCUGAUUAUUAUGGGUACAGAGAUGAUGAAGAUGUACCUUAA